UUUGUUUAUUAAGUAAUAUAGAUUUAUUUUGUUUAAACAUUGAAUAGAUAUUAUAGUUAUACCUACAUUAUGAUUUUUAAAGUAUUGACUUAAAUUUCUAUACUAUAAUUGUCAUGCUUUGGAUCACGUAAUCGUAUACAAGCAACACAUGUUAAUUGAAGUGAGCUUACGAUAAAUCAAUUGUUGACAGUGUUCAACAUACUGAUCUACUCACUUACCUACCUAGAUUUGCACAGUUACUAUACUUACUAGUUGGAUUCAUAUACCUAAGCAAUUUAUUCUUGUACAACACGCAUGCACAACAUUGUUACUGCCAUACAAUCUACUACACGUCUACACAUAUUGUCCGCAUACAUAGACGAAUCGAAUCGUUACAAUUACGAAUAAUACGGGAAAUGUACAAGAGAGACGUUGACGAUAUGCUCAUGUCGCCGUUAGCCGUCAACACCGACGACAUGAUUGUGGUAACGAUGCCGAAUUUGGAAUUUCGGUAUUUUGAUGCAUUGCCUAAAAAAACUAUGCUCCAAAACAACGGACUGACUGUAACGUUGACUGGUUUGUGGGCUGCCGAUCGACAGCCGUACAUCGAAGGUGCCAACCUGGAAGGCAAGUACAAUUUUUCUCAUUUGCAUUUCCACUGGACGAACAGUGAUGGUGAUGAUGUCGUCAAUGAACACAUCGUCAACGGCCGAGGACACGAGUUGGAAUUGCAUUUAAUAUUUUUCAAAGGGUCGUGUCAGUCAAUUGUUGAAGCUGGCUCAAUAAAAAAUGGUAUUGUAACGUUGGCAUAUUUAUUUGACGUCACAGAGAACCAACACCAGGGCAUCGAUCACAUAACUACUUAUUUGAAUAAUGUAAAAACGUGCGGACAAACAUCUAUAAUACCCGUUUUUCUGUUAAGCCAUUUGAUUCAUAGCCAACCUGUUGAGUAUUUUACAUACACUGGAAAAAUUGAUAAACGCGGAUGCGAGUGCGGCGUAACUCAAUGGAUUGUUUUUACUAAAACGAGCGAAAUUAAUCGUGAACAGUUGGAUCAGUUUCGUUGCAUGCUGAACAAUCGAGGUCAGGCGAUCGAUAGGAAUUACCGAAAGGCCAACCCGGUGCCGGCCGGCAAUAAUACUCGUCCUUAUCUGGUGGUGUUGAACGGCCACCACAGUGACUCGGCGGACGGAGACGUCACAGCAGCGUCGACGAUCGGCGAGGAAAUGGUGUCGGAGGCAGAGGAGGAGGUGGCUCGGUCACGUUCUGGCGGACUAGGCGAGACGUCGAGACGCCGAUCGUUGGCCGUUGUCGCGUCGGACAGGCGCUGGCCCCUGUGCGUCAAAUCCACUAAGACGCAACUGUUGCGGCGGUCGUUCAACCUGAACAAGCUGUUGGUCCAUAAUUACUGGCCGUCGACUACGAAAAAGAUUGCCUUAAACAACCGCAGACUGUUCGAACCCGUGCAGAGAGCUGCCGAUGUCAAGUCCGAGAACAAUUUGCGGCCUUCAUUGUCGUUGAUCAACGCGACCAGACCGUCGUGGAAGUAAAUUUCCCAUGACGUGAAAUAAUAAUAAUGCAUUAUGAAUGUUGCAUAAGUACAGAUCGCACGUGUUUUACGUUCGGAACUGUACGACCAACUGUUGUUGUUGCUAUAUGUACCUGUUGUGUUUUACACACAUUGACUGAUAAAUAAUAACGUGAUGUAUUCUUA